AUGCCUUCGGGGCUCCAGCAGCUGGACUUCUUCCCCAAAUCGGUCGAGGAGGUGAAGGAGCGGACGCUCGGCGGCGGCUUCAUCUCGCUCUGCUGCUGCCUCCUCGCGCUCAACCUCUUUCUCUCGGAGCUCACGCAGUUCCGUGCGGUGCACACCGUCGACCGGCUCGAGGUGGACACGUCGCGGGCGGCGACCGACGAGCGGAUCCUCCUCAACCUCGACAUAUACCUGCCCAACCUUCCCUGCCCGGAGGUCGUCGCCGAGGUGCAGGACCAGUCGGGGAUGCAGCAGCUCGAGGUGGCGUCCGCGCUGCACAAGCUGCGCGUCGACCGACACGGCGUGCCGAUCGACGUCCCGCGCGCGGUGCUGUGGAACGAGACGGUGGCGCCCGCGUUUGCGCAGCGCAAGCUCGUCGGCCUGAUGGAGGAGGCGCGCGCCCACCUCGACGAGACCCUCCACCACUUUGAGCACGAGGAGGAGGAGAACCCGCGUCUGAGUGCGGACGAGCACGCGGCGCACCGGCGCGAGCUGGCGGAGCAGUCGGCGCUGCUGCAGGGGCGGCUGCAGACGCUGGUCCGCGCCGCGGCGGCGGGGGAGGGGGCAGGGGAGGGCGGAGGGGCGGGCGGCGCAGACGCCUUCGAGGGCGGGCAGGAGGAGGCGGUCUCCAUCCGGCUCGCGAUCCUCGACGACAACCUGCUCCUCUCCGACGUCACCAGCGUCUUUUCAUCAUCCGUCUUUUCUGCACACAACAGGUACGCCUCGAUCAAGCUGCUCCUCUCCGACGUCACCAGCGUCUUUUCAUCAUCCGUCUUUUCUGCACACAACAGGUACGCCUCGAUCAAGCUGCUCCUCUCCGACGAGCGGCUCAACGGGAUCGUCGCCGCGCUCGAGUCGCUGGCGCAGCUCGAGGCGCUGCACAAAGAGAUGGCUGGAGAGGGCGACGCGGAGGCGUGCGGCUCGUGCUACGGCGCCCGCACCCUCCGCCGGCCGCAGAAUUCCCGGCAGCGUGGCGCCGCGCCGGACGGGUCGUGCUGCAACACGUGCGACGACGUGGGGUAUGCCGCCGAUGAGCUCGAUCCCGCAGUCCACCCGGGCGCGUUGGCACUCGCCCGCCGCUCCGCUGCUGCGGCCGGCGUCGAGGCGCUGAUUGACUUUUCGCACGGGCAGCAGAGCCCGCUCGACGGCGCGUGGACGCACUCGCCGGGCGGCGCGGCGGUCGCGCGCUAUUUCCUCAAGGUUGUGCCGACCACGUACGAGUUCCUCUCGGGCGAGGCGCUGCACUCGAGCCAGUACUCGACCACGCAGCACUUCAAGGAGCUCGGGCCCGACUCCGCGCUCACGCCGUCCGUCCAGUUCACCUUCGAGCUCACGCCGCUCCGCGUGAGCAAGCGCGAGGAGCGCGGCGGCUCGCUGCUCGUCUUCCUCACGCGGAGCGCCGCCGUCAUCGGCGGGCUCUUCACGGUGGCGGGCAUCGUCGACUCGGCGUGGUACCACUCGUCGAGGCACCUCAUCAAGAUGAGGCAGGGCAAGGCCGCCUGA